AUGAAGGCCUCUCUGUCCUGGCUCCUUUACGCCGCCACGGCCUCGGCAGCAGCAGCGCAUCAGCACCCCCACCCUGGCCGAGCCGCUGCUGCCAUCGACGCCUCAACGAUCCAGGGCAAAUGGCUGUACGGCUACCAGGGCUGGUUCCGUAAGCCGGGACCUGGGGUGAACAACCACUGGUCCGCCGAUGGCCAGACGCCGGGACCCAACAACAUUGAAAUUGACUUCAUCCCGGACGUCAGCCAGUAUCCGGCCAACUGCCUCUUCGACACCGCCCUCACGCUGCCCAAUGGCCAACCCGCCAAGUUCUAUGACAGCACCUGCGACGGCGUCAUCGACCUGCACUUCAAGUGGAUGCAGCAGUAUGGUAUUGAUGGCGUGAUCGUGCAGAGGUUCUCCGGGUCCAUCAACGAUCAGUCCUUUAUCACGGUCCUCAACCAAGUCAAGGCUGCGGCCGAGAAAUAUGGCCGCGGCUUCAUCGUCGAAUGGGACGUCUCCGGCGCCGACUCCUCCCAGGGCAGCGUCGCUUCGCUUCUGCUCAGCGACUACAACGCCAAGAUCAAGCAGUUCACCUCGUCCCCGGCCUACAUCCACCAGGACGGCAAGCCCGUCGUCAUGGUCUUUGGCAUCGGCUUCCAGGGCAUGAAGACCAGCGCUGCCGACAGCGUCAACAUCGCCAACCAGCUCAAGAACGCCGGGCUAUACGUCGGGUUUGGCGUGCCCGAGCAGUGGGCUGGCGAUGUCAACGGUAAUACGGGUUACGUCCAGGCGUUCAAGGCGGCGGACUUUAUCAGCCCCUGGACCGUCGGUGGUUACUCUGCCGCCGGAUACCAAGGCUUCCACAACUCUGUCCAGGUUCCAGACUCACAACUCCUUCAGUCUCUCGGCAAGAAGUAUGCUCCCGUCAUCUUCCCCGGCACUUCGGCCUACCACCUCAAUGGCGGCACCAAUCCGUCCGCUUUUGACUACUUUCCUCGAUACAACGGCUCUUUUCUGUCCGCUCAAGCCGAUGCCCUGACCUCCAUGGCCAUCAAGCCAUUUUUCAUCUUCAACGCCAUGUUUGAUGAAGUCAACGAGGGUACUCAAAGCAUGCCGGCUCUCAAGACCAACCAGCUGCCCACCAACCAGAAGUUUGUCGGACUUGACAACGAUUUCCCCGACACGAGCUUCUACCUGUCGCUGGGCGGCCAGAAGGCGGCUGCUUUCCACUCUGCAGCCCAUCCAUAG